UAUAGAUUAAUGUGAGAACACAUUAAAUAAUAUAAUUUGGAAAUCUAAAAUUUUAGCAUGCUUGGUAAUCCCAGACUUAUCAAGACGUCCCACGUGGAAGUGCAGUGCAGUGAGAGUUCACCUCAACGCCACCACAAACUUCCACCCACCAUCCCCGGCGGUGCUUUCUAUCUCACGACUAACUCAAACUAUUCACAGUACAACCUUUCGAGAAAAUGGCGCUUCUUGCUCACUUGCCUAAUCUCAGCUACAAUGCCCCCCACCGUCCCCUCUCUUUCCUCUCCCCACCCAUGACUCUUGUCAAACUCCAACCCCUGCGCCAAUUGUCCCGCCCCCUCCGCCGUCGCACCCUCACUGUCCCCUCUGCUUCCGUCCGCCAAGAUACAACCGUCUGGACUCCUUCCCCGCUGCUAAAAGUCUCCCCGGCCGCCGAGUCUCUUUUCACUGUUGCCAUCGACGUCUCGGGGUCGCCCGAGCUCGCCGCCUCUUACACCAAGGCUGGCCAGUAUUUACAGCUCCGCCCUCAGGUUCCUGACGCCAAACCCUCGUUCUUGGCCAUCGCAUCGCCCCCGUCAUUCGCCGCGUCCAAAGGUGUCUUCGAGUUUUUGAUAAAAUCCGUCGCCGGGUCCACCGCUGAGCUCCUUUGCGGGCUCCAAAAAGGUGAUGUGGUGGAGUUGACUCCCGCCAUGGGUAAGGGAUUCGAUAUUGACCAAAUCUCCCCGCCGGAGAAGUAUCAGACGGUGCUGAUUUUCGCCACCGGAUCCGGAAUUAGCCCAAUUCGGUCUUUAAUCGAGGCAGGCUUCAGUGCUGAUAAGAGAUCUGAUGUAAGACUCUAUUAUGGUGCUAGAAACCUUAAUCGAAUGGCAUAUCAGGAGAGGUUUAAAGACUGGGAAUCUUCUGGUGUUAGUAUUGUGCCAGUGCUGUCCCAGCCAGAUGAUAGUUGGACAGGGGAGCAAGGUUAUGUGCAGGCUGCAUUUGCUAGAGACAAAGGAGUCUUUAGCCCUCAGUCUACUGGUGCAGUCCUCUGUGGCCAAAAACAGAUGGCAGAGGAGGUCACUUCUGUUCUCGUAGCCGAUGGAGUAUCGACUGAAAAGAUUUUGAAGAACUUCUGACAGCCACAUAGGUUAGAAGAUAGCCGUGUUGUAUUAUUUUGAUUAUUGCAACAUUAUCAUUCAUUUUUCACCAGCUGAGCUUCAAGAAUCAAGCUUAAAAUCACAGGAUAAGAUGAAAACCAAUUGUAUUAUGAGACCCCAGUAAACCUCUGAUCCUUUGCACCAGAGCUUCUGCAGUACUGGGCACAGAUGCAUUGUUAAUUGUCAAUAUUAAUGCGAUUCAUACCUAUACUCAAAGCAUAUA